CGCCGCGCGCUGAUGACGCCAAGGCGCUGCGCCACCAACGGCCGGGCCUCGCGACUCAACGGCCGCGCCUCGCGACUCAACGGCCGCUCCGCCAUGAGGGAGCCGCCGCUGUCCAACUGCGAGCGGCGCUUCUUGCUGCGCGCCGUGCGGGAGGGCAAGCGGCUGGACGGGCGGCAGUGCUACGACUACCGGAACGUGCGCAUCUCCUUCGGGCCCGACCGCGGCUGCUGCGUGGUGGAGCUGGGCAGGACCAGGGUUCUUGGCCAAGUAUCAUGUGAACUUGUGCCCCCAAAGCCAAAUCGGGCUACAGAAGGGAUACUGUUCUUUAACCUUGAGCUGUCACCCAUGGCUGCGCCUGGUUUUGAGCCUGGCAGGCAGUCUGAGUUACUGGUGAAACUGAACAGAUUAAUAGAGCGAUGCCUGAGAAAUUCCAAAUGUAUAGAUACUGAAUCUCUCUGCGUUGUUGCUGGUGAAAAGGUUUGGCAAAUCCGUGUGGACCUGCACCUGUUAAAUCACGACGGUAACAUUAUUGAUGCUGCUAGCAUAGCAGCAAUAGUAGCCCUGUGUCAUUUUCGCAGACCAGAUGUCUCUGUGCAAGGAGAGGAAGUGACAGUGUAUUCUCCUGAGGAGCGUGAUCCUGUCCCCUUGAGUAUCCACCACAUGCCUAUUUGCGUCAGUUUUGCCUUCUUCCAGCAGGGGACAUAUUUGUUGGUGGAUCCAAGCGAACGAGAAGAACGUGUAAUGGACGGCCUCCUUGUAAUUGCAAUGAAUAAACAUCGUGAAAUUUGUACCAUCCAGUCCAGUGGAGGGAUUAUGCUACUAAAGGAUCAGGUUCUGAGAUGCAGUAAAAUAACAGCUGUUAAGGUUGCUGAAAUAACAGAACUAAUUCAGAAAGCCUUGGAGAACGACCAGAAAGUUAGGAAAGAAGGCGGGAAGUUCGGCUUUGCAGAAUCUAUACCAAAUCAAAAGAUCACUGCCUUCAAAAUGGAAAGUGCUGCUGUAGACACCAACAACGUGGAAGAACAAGCAGAAGAAAUCAUAACUAAAGCUGACCCUCCUUCAGAAGUUUUUGCCACACCAAUAUUGCACACUCCUGGGACAGCCCAAAUUGGGGAAGGAAUAGAGAACUCCUGGGGAGACCUUGAAGAAUCGGAGAGGGAAGAGGCAGUGGAAGAGGAGGGUGAAAUUGAUGCUGCCGCUUUUGAAUGCCAGAGAAUGGAAACAGAGGACACAAGUACAAUAAGCAAAGCUAAGGAUGAACCUAUUGUGCUGUCUGACAGUGAAGAGGAAGAAGUUGUCAUCCUGGAACCGCAGGAAAUACCAAACAAAACAAGAACACAGACCACCUUGAAACAAGAAAAUACAAGUAAGAAAGCAUUUAACAAAAGGAGGAGAAAGAAGAGAGCUGCUCGUUAGUCAUCUCUCCUUCAGUAAUGUAUAAUAAAUAAUCUGGUUUGUUAUUACUGAACUUAUUUUUGUAGAUAAUCCCUCCCUCCCCCCCACUCUGGUCCUGUUUCUAUGUAUAUUUUAUAAACUUACUGUGUGUAGGUUAAAAUAAGAAGUCUCCGUAAGUGAAAUGCUUUGGUAGCACCCAGCUGCAGCACAGAACACCCAGGUCCCAGGUGUAUGAUGCAUAGUUUUCUUAACAAAACAGCCUCAGCAACUACUGAAUUCUGAAGUGAGCUAUAUCUAGUCAAGAGGAAUUACAGUUCUAGUUUAAUGCCCUGAAUAGCUGCCUUUGAUUAGUAUAGCUGUUAACACAGCGUGGAAUUAUUUAAUUCCUUGGAACGGUCUUCAUCGGGGGAAGUGGUGUGCUAUGCCUGUGACCUUUCCCUGGUUACUCCGUAUCUUAAGGCUGUGUACAAAAAGCAGCAGAAAUGCAAGUGCUCGACAGUGUAGGACGUCUGGCCAAAUCCCAGGAGGCUGGCAACAUUUUCCAUAUACAGGCAACCCAUACUUCAGUAAGUUUUAAUAAAAAGUUUAAUUAAAUAUUACAUGCAACAGA